AGUUGCCUGUUCUUCAAGGCUGGUCCAUGCUUGCUCAUUUCAGCUCUCUAGUGUUGACUAGGCUGUUCACUAAGAUUACUGAAAAUCUCGAACAAAAGUCCCCGACACGACAAUGUUCUCGCGCCUCGUUACUGGAAAUUAAAGAUUUAUCUGCUGUGAAACAAAUGCUUAUUCCCAAAUUCGUAAUCCCAGGAGGUAAUUUCGGACGUUCGCUAGUCGCAACUAAUAGACCAAGUAGUUCACAGUAACCGACAUGAAAGGCCUCCAUACAGAGAGCCAGCCUCGGAUACGGCCUUCCUUAGGUAGGGCCUCGCAGCGUAGCUCCCUGUGGAACCAAUCACCGGAGUGAUUGGUAGCCUCAGAUAUGACCUACCGAGCGUAUCUCCCGGGAAAUCAAUCACCCAGCGUAGCUCCGGGGGAAUCAAUCACUGGGAGUGCUGCGCCUUGGGGUAAGUUGGUUUUUGAGAAUUCUUAAAAACCAACUCAUCGGGGAGUGCUGCGCCCUUGGUUGGCAGCGGCUGCUCAACGAGCGUCCCACGUUUCGACCAGCCAGGUCAAUAUAUCCACGAACUUAUUGCUCGGCGACAGUUGAGUUCUCUUUUCCGCUCGUCCGCGGCACUGCGAUAGCUGCGCACGCCGCGGGCAGACGCGCGCGAGCUAUGGCGGAGCUGCACGGCGGCGCGCCGUUCAAUUCUGACCACACUUUUCGAUCGUCACAAACAGACCCAGGUGUCAACUCAGAAGGAUUUUCAAACACGGUUACAGGAGCCGCAGACUCUGACCGCAUUAUGCUGCGCGUGUGUACGGACCCGGUCAAUACAGUACAGGACGACGCGGGCGAGCUCGGAGCGGGGGGGUCGUGGCUGGGCAGGUCGUAUUCGGUGCAGGUGGAACGCAGCGGCCAGGCAGCAACAGCCAGGGGGGCAGGUGGAAGGAGGCGGUCGGAGGAGGUAGGGUUCGUGGACAUAUCUGCGCUGGAUAAGGCGCUAGACCGAGUCAUGUCUAUGCCGUGGCGGGGCGAGAGGGCGGACGACAGGCAACGAGGCGAAGCGGAGAAGGGCGGGAGGCAUGUGCGGGAGCGGGCGCGGUCUUACGGGGAAGGAGACGAGUCGUCCGCUCUUGCUGCCGCUGCGGCCGCCGCCGCUGUUGCCGCCGCCACCGCUGAUGGCGAUGCGGUGGGUGUUGCUCUUAGUGACACUGCCCCGCCUCUGCAGAAAUGCGUUAAGCGGGGCGCGCAUGGGGAGGGAGAAGUAGAUAAGGACGGGAGGGGGGACGGAGGUGCUGUGACAGUAGCAGAAGAGGCUUCGUGGCAGAUCGACUUGAGGCGAGUGACUAUAAAGAAGGAGAUUUUCAAGGGGGCGUACAGCACGGUGUAUAAAAGCACAUACCGGGACAUGGACGUUGCAGUGAAGGCCAUAGACUGGGGCGAAGCGGGGUCGUUCUCGCCUCUGCUGCGCGCCAAGCAGAGAGCCGCGCUGCUGCGGCAGGUGCACGUGUGGCGGCCGCUGAGGAACCCCUACGUGACCCAGCUCAUUGGAGCGAGCAUCUCAACGGACUCCACUCGCUGCACCACGCCCCGGGGCGUGGACGCGCGGCUGAGGGGCGUGGCGGGGUGCCUGGUGAUGGAGUACGUGGGCCACCUCAACCUCAAGGAGUACCUGGCGCGGGCCAACAGGGAGCGGCGCAAGCUGCCCAUGCACACGCUCGUUGACCUCGCAAUGCAGCUCGCCAAGGGUCUCGCCUACAUCCACAGCAGCGGUGUGGUGCACGGCGACGUGUGCCCCGACAACCUCCUUCUCACCGACCGCAGGCGCCUCAAGAUCGCCGGCUUUGGCGUCGCGCGCUUCGAAGCCGACUCCAAGGCUCGUGGGCGCUCUGACAGGCUGGACUCGAGCGCUGGGGGUCAAAGAGAUUCGGGAGGCGCUGGUGGUGAAAGAGAGUCGGGAGGCGCUGGGGUUGUGGCAAAGGAGACUGGUGAGGAGGGGGGGGCAGGAGGAGAGGCAGCAGGGUCGCAGCAGGGGUGUGGAUGGUUGCCUCAUGAUGCCACUGGGGAGACUGGCUCGGCUGGAUACAUGGCGCCUGAGGUGCUAGCCAGUGAGCCGUACGACCGGCGCGCAGACGCCUACAGCUUUGGCAUCUGCCUGUGGGAGCUGCUGACCUGCGAGACGCCGUUUGACUCGUUUGACUUCAGCGAAAUGGCCUCUGCAAUCAGUGAGGGCGUGCGCCCCAUCCUCCCCCCCAAGUGCCCGCCUGACUUGGCCCAUGUCAUGCGCUGCUGCUGGGAGGGUGUCCCUGCUGCCCGCCCCUCCAUGCCCCAAGUGAUUGAAAUGCUUCAAAAGGUCAAUGUUUUUAGUGGGAAAGAAAUCCCUGUGCACAACAUCUAAUUGCUACACGCAUAGAAAGGGUGUCGUAUUACAUGACUCGCUACAGCCUAUGCUGAUUGAGGGCGUAUUCCUGCUAAGUUGCAUCAGAAUCUGAAACUGCUGAAAUGAUUCUGAUGCCGAGUUUUUCUCGAGUACGUUUUGCAGUCUGCAUAUUGGAAAUGCCUCUCGCCGCUUGCACAGGGGAAAGUUGCGACUUUCUCACGCCACGCGCGGCGGACAUGCGGGGCGUAUGUGUGACUUAUCCGAUCAGGGCCGCCUGUGUGCAAUUCUGGCGUGUGCAGUGCAGAAACCCUUCAAGCGAAGGGUGAAGAAGCCUCAUCAGAAUCGUAGGAAUAUACCUAGAGCUAUUAUUAGUAUUGAAGACAUUUCA